AAAUGGGCGAUGUGUCAGUGUCUCGGCACCUGGGUAGACGCCGAGUAGCGCCACAGCCUAGAGCAGAGAAGGGGAGAUUUUCUACAAUCGCUCCUCUCAAUGCUAAGAUCUCCCCUUUCGUAGACACAGCGACCGCGUCUAAAGAUCAGGUGGCUGGAGUAAACGCAGGUACUCUCGAGAACGCUUUAAAAAACUCGAGUCGUUGCUGGACGACUCGCAACUGCCUAGGAACUGAUGCGGAAGAAUUCCAGUGUACACGCAUACUAGACCUGUCGGCUGCAAUUGGGUUCAAAAAAAAACUGACGACGAAUUCGCCGUGAAUCUCCAAUACAUUGGCACAACACUCGUCGAACAACAAAGGGGCUUUUUUGCGCUUGUGGUUUUUCUAAGAUUGACAGAUGUAAAGCUGCUGUUACUCUCGCAGAUCCCGCGAAAACGCUUGCCUUUCGGCCGAUGUGCCUUGUCUUCCAGAUCUUGGUCCCGUUAUGCCAGCAAACCAUCUGUGUCAGCAGCACAGGCGCACCUCCACAAAUCCUGUUUUUUGAGUAAAGCAAGGUUCAGGCUUUAUAGGUCGCGCUGCGCCUUUCCAUUCACAGCAGUAUCGAUGUGAUUCUAUGUGUGUUUUCGUAUCCGGAUGAGCCUUGUUCGAUUCACAAAUGUUGACAUAUGGGCGGGAUCCACAGAGGGAAAGAAGUACCGCCAAGACAAAGUCGCCAACGUUUCACACUAGAGUUGCGGGCUGCAUGCAGCCCCAUGCAGCCCCAGAUCGAAGAACCGCAGAAGCCUCGACGCAAGAGAGCCUGCGCUUUCUCCGAUCACCCUUUUCCACUACGUCUUGGUCUCGGCAGUCUCAUCUGUUCGUCAGACCGCCGGCUUCUUCAGAUUUUUCUCGGCGUCUCAUGGCUGGACUCGCCAAGCCGCGCGGCCGCCUCGCAGGCGUCGCGGCCGCCUCGCAGGCUGUCCGCGGAGCUGCUUUCACCCUCUUUCUUUCAGUCCGAAAAGGCUUGGAACCUGUGCUGGUGCGAGAGCUUCGCACCUCUCCGAGUCUCCGCGACCUCUGCGGAAGCUGCGACGCCUCUUCGGGGAAGCUGCCCCGUUCAGACGAGAGAAAAGGCGCCUUCUGCGGGGAAAAACUCGACGCGUCUCCAGAGAAAAAACGGCCCAUCAGACUGCAAAGCGUCCAGGGCGGCGUCGUCCUCCACAACGCGGACUGGGAGCUCGCCACUCGUGUCUGUACGUAUAGCCGAAUCGCUGAGACGGUCUGGCUCCGACUCGCUCACUCGGGUGCCUGCACCACGGAGCAGCGACUCGAGAACGCCCUCACAAAAGUCAAGUGGAAAGAGUUUUUUCCAGAUCUCUCGCUUUUGCCGCUAGUGCCCCUCCGAGUCGCGUCGUUCUCCUCCACGCUCUGCAAUGAGAAUCGCAUUCGUCAGGUGGUGGAGAAGACACUGAAAAGUCUGGGCGCCGAACACAAAUCCGAGGCUGCUGGACAGGGUAACGUCGACUCACUGGAGAACAACUCAGCUUUCUCUUCUCCCUUGUCUUCAUCACCUUCUAUGUCUCCUUCUUCGGCUUCGUUGCCAUCUUCUGCCUCUCCAGAAAUCGAGUUCGUUAAGGCUGUGCAGCCAGCGAGGCGUUUGCUGGAGGCUCUGAACUUCCGUUUCUCUUUGACUCUCGCUUCCGACUCUCUCUUCGUGGACAUGCAACUUUCGCCGCGUCUUACACCUCGCCCGUAUCUCUACCUCUCUCGAUUUUUCUCUCCGAGUUGUGCGGGAUUCUCCGCCUCAACUUCUCUCCCUUCUCCUCUUUCGUCUUCUCCGCCGUCUCCUCUUUCGUCUUCUCUCUCUGCCUCUUCCCCCCCGGCCUCGUUCGCCUGUUCUCUGGAUACAUCAGACCUCUCGGCGAGGUCUCAGGUAUGCCAAGGAGACAACGGACUUGAAAGAGGCUGCGCAUCGUCUGCAGACGCCCAGCAGAGCCUCUCGGUGGCCAGCUGUGAAUUCUUGACUACGCGGUCUUCUCGACGCGUUUCGGACUAUCCCCAAAGGCCCUCUGCCUUUCCUGUCUUGCGCGAGCUGUUGCGGGCGCACGGCACAAACUUCAGUGGCUCUUUUUCAUCUCGUCAUUUGGACGCUUCAGAGCCAACACAGAGUCCUCAACGUUCAGACGCUUCCAGAUUUCCUUUUUCUCCCCUGUCUUCUUCCAGUUCUUCCUCUUUUUCGGACUCGUCUGCUUCGUCUGCUUUCCUUUCGCCUUGGUCUCUGGCGGCGGCGUCUCGAGCCAUCAGAGAGGAGGCGAGGCGCCGUCUGUUGAGGGAUCGCAGUGCGUGCGACGAGCCUUGGGCAGAGACAGAGACGCCGAGGCGAGAACAUGUGGAGGCUUGUGGAGACGGAGGGCCUGCACCUCCCCGCAACCCCGCCGCUUCAAAUCGCGUUUUCGGCACACACACAGACGCGGCCCAGGAGGCAGGAGGCAGCCAGCGAGGGGGAACUGACGGGCGGCUGGCGGAGUUCCACCGAGAGCGCGAAACGAGGGGAAAAGCUGCGAAGCACGGCUGGCAAAGGAGUGCCUUUGAAAAGCUUCUGGACGCCGUCUCAAAAGCCGAGGAACUCGCGAAAAAAGCCGCGCAGACAGGCAAGGAGACAGGAGACGCAGAGGCAGACGAAAAGGUGGUGGAAGCGACCAGGCGCGAGUCGUUCCAGUCGACGACGUCCAGUCGAGGAAACGAAGCGAACGACUCUUGGCAACAUCCAGACCUUCAACAGCCACGAGCCCCCGCGGCAUCACCUCAUGAGCAAUCCUUGGCUGCUUCACCUUCUCUCCCUUCUUCAAGUUCAGACUCUCCUUCUUCUCUGUCCUCUUCACCUGCACUGUCUUCACCUGCACUGUCUUCACCUGCACUGUCUUCACCUGCACUGUCUUCACCUGCGUUGCCUUCGCCUGCAUCGUCGUCAGUGUCUUCACCUUGGCGGUCGUUCGCCUGUUCCGAUUCUCCAUUUCCGGCGUUCGCUGCGCGCCCCAACGACCCGCUGAGCCUUCCAGUGGAGGUCGAGUUGCUGCGACUCCAGCAUCUGCACUUGAGCCGGCGACAGGCAGCUGCAAAGGCUGCGGGGGUGCUUCCUCCCGCGGCGCUGCCUUCCGCGCUGGGCCUCGUCGAGGCCUUCGAGUCCGACGACGCCACCGCGGCGGCCGUUGCACUCGCCAGCGGAAUCAAACGCGCAUGCAGGAGGGAAAAAGACGUAGUGGUCUGGGAUCCCUUUUGUGGUGAUGGCGGCCUCCUGAUGGAAGUUGCCCUCUUGAUAAAAGACACACUUCCUGUCUGUCCUGGUCGGAUUCCUUCUCCUCUCUCUCGUCUUCGCUCACGGAUGGGAAACGCAGAAACCACAGACCAUUUUUCAGAUCCUCUCUGUGCUUCGUCUCCGUCUCUUCCUCCACAUCUCUCUUCUUCUUCUGUUUCUUCUUCUGUUCCUUCUUCUGUUUCUUCUUCUGUUUGUUCUUCUGUUUCUUCUUCGUCGCCUUCGUCUUCUUGGGAGUCUUUGCCUGCCUCGUGGGUGGCUGACUCAGGAGGCAAACGCCAAGGUGUAGUUACACUGGUCGGGUCGGACGAGAGGGCUCUGCUCCUUUGUGCAGCUCGUCAGCGGGUGAACAGCUUCCAUGCGUUCUACUCGAGGUCUGAGGCGUCCUUUCAGCUCUCGCCGUCAAGCCGAGACAGCACUCGAGAAGCAGUCCAGUGUGUGGCGCGAGAGCGACGAAGCUCCACGACGUCUGCGAACGCAGAGGGCGACAGCCGAGACGCGGAGAAGCAAGGGAGUUUCGGCGCGGCCGGCGAGAUCCCUGCGGUGCAGGAGGAAGCCGCGAAAGAGAGACACCGAGACACGGAAAGCGGCGAAGAGGAAGAAGAUGCGACGGCAGCCAUCCAGCGCAGGGCCUCACAGCCGAUGUUCACUGUCGGUCCGAGUACUGUGUCUCUUUCUUCUCUGUCUCAGUCCUCUGCGUCCUCCCCGCGGCGCCACCAACUAGAUGGGGAAGCGCGAGAAGCGAUUUCGUUCGACGAAUUGAUUUACGGAGCGAGCGAGAGAAAAACGCAUCCAAAGACAGAGCAGACACUCACCGCCUCGACCCGGGCGUCCACCGCCACUCAGGAGAUGGAAGGACAAACCGGAGAAGAGAAGGAGAGCACGAACGAGAACCAGAAAGAGCAGAACGGGGAAGAGCAGGAAGCGGACACGGAGAGACAAGGGAGAAGACAGAUGGAAGAAGCUGACGCAAAGUUGAAGGAGAAGAUUUAUGUCCCUGGCGACUCGACGGCUUGGGGCACAGAGUCUCUCCCUUUCCGGAUUGCUCUGCUUCAUGCACCUCAUCACCAAGUGGCACCGUUCCUGAGAGGCGCCUUUGUGUUGACGCGAAUGCCGGGAAGGCGAGAAGGCGAGUUCAUGGGAUCUGCACACAAGAAAGCCGUUCUGCUGUACGAGCGGUUUGGCCACUUGAUUGCCUCGCGCGACGACUGGCGCGCAGUCUACGUUUUGACAAAGGGAUCUGCCUUCCAACACUACUCGCGUCUUGACUGGGAGAGAGUCCUCACUUGGAGAGACGUCAGUGACCAGCCGCUACAGCUCCUCAGGUGGACGGGGAGAAAACGCGCGCUGUACGCGUCGACAACAAAGACCGAGCGGGAAAGGAUUCUGGAAGAAAUCGACAUGCGUCUGGAUGCAUCGGACGCGUGAUUUCUUUGUUCGUUCGGAGACACUGACGGAUUCGCUCGCAGACACAGAGAGACGUGAAAGAGUGUUUGUUGGUGUCAGCUGCCCACUCACAGCCUCGAGGCACUAAAAGCGGAAACCCAAAAUAAUCUAAAAUUGCACGUAACUCCCGUGGAGAAGCCCCACGUUGAAAGUCACUUCUAUUCCGGGCGCAGCAUGUCCGUCGAAAACAGAGUGGCGAACGCACUUUAAAGUGACCGCGGAACGGACGUGGAGUGCGCACACACCCGCGCUGGCUCAGAGGCUCCUCAGAUGAAGCACUCGGGUCGCCCGUCGCGAUUUUUAAAGAGCGCCAGUCGACACAGCGAGCUUAAAAAAACGAAGGCGGGACGCUCGGCACUUUCCGCGUUGCCGACACCAGUACGGUGACACUUUAUUUCAAUUCAGUAGACUGACCGUGUCCACUCCUCCAGUGAGAUGUCUGUUCUGAAUACAGAACUCUUCAAACUACGUGAGAAAGCGUUCGUCACACCUCACGGAGAAAGUAGCGCCGCCCCUGUCAGUGUACAGUAAGAUGAACGCAGGAUUCUGGAUUUGCCUCCAAUUAUAAGGAACCAGCACCGUCUGUAGGGUCCGUCUACGGCGGGACACUCCACACGAUUGGUAAAGGGAAAGGUUCAAGAGCCGACUGUUGAGGAAAAGAAAACGAAGUCUAUUCAACAACGGCAGAGAUCCCGCUCCAUCGUAUCUCACUUUGCAGAGUGGACUGC